AUGGUAUACAGUGGCAGAAGUCCUCAGCAGUCCCAGAAAUAUGGUACUGGAAACUGCACUGGUGAGGAUGAUCUCUUGGGUAGCCUGGGCCAUGUUGAACCUGGAUACCAGCAAUUUAGAUCAACUCCAGCAGAGGAGAUGCUCAUCUAUGACCGACUAGCAGCAGCCAAAACCUCGGGCCACAGCACAGCCAGAAACACAACUCGCAAGUCAGCGCUGACUGCAAUCCACGCAAGAGGAGAGGGGUGGGGGGUGCAUGUGCUGGGGGAGGCAGGUAAAGGGGCUUUGCGUAGCUGGCAGCUGCUGACAAAUGGUUCCUUCUCAUCCACAGCAAAAUUUAAAGACAGAGUUGACAUCCUGAGCAACAUAGCCAAGGCCAAAGUAGAGGCUCUAGCCGGACAAGGAUCAAAACCAGAAGCCCAAGAGGAAAAGAAGGCACCAAGCACCGUUCAGGUAACUCCCGCCAGCGACUCUGAACCCAGCAAAGAUGAACAGAAGGCAGACGCACCGCAAGCUGGACAGCCCUCUUCAGACAGCGAUACCUCAGAAGACAGCAGCUCCAAGAGUGAGGAAGACAGCGAUGAUGACAGCACAGAUGAUGAUGAAAAUGAUGAGCCGUUAUCUCUUGAAUGGCCAGAAACUAGGAAAAAACAAGCAAUUUACCUUUUUCUCUUUCCCAUUGUCUUUCCUCUCUGGAGCACUAUGCCUGAUGUUAGAAACCCAGACUCAAAAAAAUUCUUUGUCAUCACCUUUUUUGGAUCCAUCCUCUGGAUUGCUGUAUUCUCUUACCUCAUGGUGUGGUGGGCUCACCAGGUUGGUGAAACAAUUGGGAUAUCAGAGGAAAUUAUGGGGCUAACCAUACUGGCAGCAGGAACGUCAAUCCCUGACCUCAUCACCAGCGUCAUUGUCGCACGGAAAGGCUUAGGUGACAUGGCUGUCUCCAGUUCUGUGGGCAGCAAUAUCUUCGAUAUCACUGUUGGUUUGCCAGUUCCUUGGUUCCUUUAUUCCGUCUUCAAUGGGCUCAGUCCAGUUGCAGUCAGUAGCAAUGGUUUGUUUUGUGCUAUUGUUCUCCUUUUUCUCAUGCUCCUGUUUGUGAUUAUCUCAAUCGCUGUAUGUAAAUGGAAAAUGAACAAACUACUGGGGCUCACUAUGUUUGCUCUUUACUUUGUGUUUUUGAUCAUCAGUGUGAUGUUAGAAGACAAGAUAAUAUCCUGCCCAGUAUCUGUAUGACAUUUGGACACUUCAAGAUGUAUGUAAGCAUACAUCAAAAUCCAAAGGGGUUUAAGGUAGCAAUUGUUCUACUGAAAAAAGCAACCAGAAUUAAAACAAACUUGCUGAGAAUAAAGUAUCUUUAACAUACCAAAAAAUAAAUUCUCAAGUGGUAUGUCAGCCUCUACUGUUUUUCUUCAGG